CUCCACCGCAUCCACACCCACCCAACCCUCCCCCCGCACCGCCGGAACAUCUACAAGACCUUACUCACCGUCCCCGCCGGCCGGUGGACGACCUACGCCGCGCUGGCGCGGCACCUGGGCACGAGCCCGCGGGCCGUCGGCGCGGCGAUGCGCCUGAACCCCUUCGCGCCGGAGGUGCCCUGCCACCGGGUGCUGGGCGGGGGCGGGCGGCUGCUGGUCGGGUACUCCGGGGGCCCAAGGGCGGGGGCCGGAAGAGCGAGGGACGGGGUGGGGAUGAAGCGCCGGUUGCUGGAGGCGGAGGGGGUGGUGUUUGAUGGGGAGGGGAGGGCGGGUGGGGUUUGUUUUGUGGAUUUCGGGGAGGGG